CGGGGAGGCGAAGUGUGGAUCCCGCGGGGAGGCAGAACGCGAUGUCGCUCCCCGGGAGGAUGAUGUCGCCACCCGCGAGGGUGAACACGAUGCCCCGCCGAGCAGGGUAAUGUCGCCUCCUAGCAGAGUGAUGUCGCCUCCUGGGCGGGUGACUACGGUGCCCCCGCCAGGGAUGCAAAACACCAUGUCGCCGCCGUUGCAGCAGGGUGGUCCGCCGGCCGCGGGUACAAGUCAGCCAAUCCAGCGGGCGAACUUUACGCCUGCGGCGGGGAUGGCGAGGCCGCGGUCACGGUCAUUCUCGGGGUUCGAGAGUGGGAAUCAGGAGGACAGGAUGCAGGCUCUGGCGCGGGGCAGCCGGGAGGAAGGUGCCGUGCGCCUCGCGUCCGUCAAGCCGCUGCAAAUCACCACGAAACGCUCGAAGUCCGCGAUGGCCACCACAACGACGGCGGCGGCACAAGUCGCGGCACCGCAGCGAGCGACGGUCUCGCACGCGUCGUCCGUCGUGCGUGGCGUGCACGCGCCGUCGCCACUCUCACUCUCAUCGAACAACACCGCCGCGAUGGACGAGCCCGUACGUUCUCCCCCGCCUCGUGCGCUCACGAACCCGCUCCCGACGUCGCAUCCUCCCCCCGCAGCGGACGCGCUCGCUCGGGUCGGCGCCGCAGGCCCUGGCGCACCAGUUAUGCGUGCGCUUUUGCUCGACCAGGCCGCCGGAUUUUCCGGUCCCGGAGCAGCAGGAGGGCCCGUGAAUGUGAACGGGUAUGCGAGGGAGCAGCCGAUGCAGUCGCCGUUGGAGGCGCUGCAGGAGUCGUUUGCGAGGGGUGCGAAUCCGCCGGCGUCGCCGAGGAGUGCGGGGGUGUUCCCGAAGGCGUCUCCGGUGCUGAGGCACAGCCGAUCAGCGGUGUUGUCGACGACUAGCUCGAGGUCGGAGAUGUCGUCGCCGCUGUCUGGGACAACGUCGUUGUCGCGUCCGUCGAUCGACACGCUGCACACGGAUGCCACGUCUCCGGUGAUCACGUCGCCCGCGGAGAGCAUAUCGGAGUCCUCGUCGGUGCUCGGACUGAAGAUCAACAAGAAGAAUCGGCCCAAGGACUCGUCCAACCACGACCCGCGAAGUCCGACCCUCAGCACUUACACGAGCGCAAGCGAACACACCGUCGACCAGGAGACCGUCCAGGUGCAAGACAUGGGUUUCGAGCUCGUCAAGCCCAAUAUGCUGAUGUCGCCGUUUGCGGGCAGCGUUGACUCGCUCCCCAUUCCGAGCCCGAUCCGCAGCGACGGCUUCCUGCGCACGGACAGCCCCGCGAUGUCGACAACGUCGGGCUCGAGCAGCCUCCGGAUCCCGAUGGACCUCUCUCCAAACGAGUCGAACAAGAAGAUCCGCAAGCUUGUGCUCGAAGGCGUGCCUACAUCGGUGCGGUAUCAGGUGUGGGCGGCGCUGGCGGAUAGCAAGGGGAAGCGGAUGGACGGGCUGUAUCAGCGGCUCGCGCAGCGCGAGAAGGUGCCGGCGUUCGCGGAUAUCGAGCGCGAUAUUCGCGAGAGCUUCGUGGACCGGCCGGAGUUACAGGACGGAUCGCUCGCGAAGAUGCUGCAGGCUUACCUGUGCAUGGUACCGAACGUCCAGUACAGCAAAGGACUCGCCCUCAUUGCCGGACAGUUGCUCCUACAGUCGCCCGAGGAGGACGCUUUCUGGACGUUCAUCUCGCUGAUGGACAGCCACCUCCGCCCCUACUUCUCGACCUCCGUGCAACUCGAGGUCGACGCGUCGCUCUUCGCGAGGGCGCUCGAGGCGAACGACCCCGCGUCGGCGAAGAAAGUCUUCGGCGAUAUGGCGAUUCCGCCGGCGGCUGUCUGUCGUCCGUGGUUCAUGGCCGUCUUCGCGGCGACGCUGCAGCCCGACUACUUGCUGCGCGUUUGGGACGUCUUCCUGUUCGAAGGUGUAACAUUCCUAUUCCGUGUCGGCCUCGCUAUCUUCGCCGGCUGUCGCCGUCUUGUUCUCCAGUCCACCUCCCCCGACGACAUACUCAACACGCUCUGCCAUCCUCCACCUACCGCGCUGCCCCUCAACCCUGAGGCGUUCAUCGAGCUCGCGCUCUCCGUCAAGCUCAAGGACGACGACGUCCGCAAGCAGCGCAACAAGCUCGAGGCGCAGGUCAAGCGGCGCACACAACCGCGCGCGUCGCCGCUCACCUCUACGCCGACCAUCUCGCUGCCCUCCGCCCCCGCCCCCGCCAGCCGCCCCGACUACUAG